CCUCCCCUUCCAGUAAACAUGGCGGACUGAAGGAAGCUGAAUGCGAGUUACAAUCAAAACAAUUGCCUACAAUGCUUAUUUUCGGUGAAAUGUUGACAUUUGUCGCAGUGUUACAGCAUAUGCGGUUAUUGUUAAAAUAUUUCACAUAUUAACUGCGUUGCUCAAAUUUCCGAGUGGGGGACUCGAACCCACAUGUUCAGAUCGGCGCAUCGUGGAUCCGGACGCGGAUAGUCAGCCUUCGCCACCCCAAAAGGGCGGACGGAAAUACCACCGGCUGCACAGCUGACUUGAAAAGACAUACAUGACGGAACAUCUGAGAAGAUAAUGGUAAAGGAAACGGUGCCGGAGGAUGUUGCUAACCCUGAGCAAGGUCAAAAGACACCAUCCAAUUCCUCAUAUGAUUUAACGCCCAGCUCCAGAGGUCGGCAACGCAAAAAGAACUCCAGAUAUCUUGACUAUGACACCAGCGAAACAAAUGAGGACCCAAAGGACAAAGAACUGCUGGCGAGGAAACCCCAGGCUGUGGCCACAGUGGCAAAGCCACCCGGGAAGACUCCUGGCAGGAAAGUAGGACGGCCAAGAAAGGUUCCGUUGGAGAGUGCAGACGUCUGCACGUCACCUCACGUGGCUAAUGGGAACCUCUCGGCCCAAGCGAAUGUUUCCCCCUCACCCGUCACCGAAGGGUCUUUGGAGAAUGGGACGCCGAAACCAAAGAGAAAAUACGUGAAGAAGCAAAUCGUGAAUGCAGAGCUUGUCGCACCCAAUGAGAACAUUAAAGAAGAAGAAGAACCUGAGGAGUUGCAACCAGGAGGACGCCCAAGGAGGACCGCUGCUAAAAUGGCAAUGAAGUUCCUUCACUCGAUGGUGAAAGAAGAGUUCACCAAAGAUUCCAACGUGACCAGUGGCGUCAUCUCCAAUCCAGCGCCGGAAACUACAGAAGAAAGAAAGUCUCAAAGUAAAAAAGGCUGCAAAGGUCGUAAGAGAAAAUAUUCGGAUAGCAACGCUUCAGAAGACGAGGACUUUGUUCCGAAUGUUGAGGAAGCCGAGGUGGAGGAGGAGGACGAGUAUGAAGAAGAAAAUGAAGAAGAAGAAGAGGCCACCGUCAAUUAUCGGGAUGAAAAAUACAGUGGCAGCGCCGCUCGAAUCCUCAAAAUACCCGCCCUCAUGAUCGGUGCGAUUUUGGAAACCGUCAACAGUCACAAGAAAUUCUGUGACGAGCAACUCAGCAGCUGGGUUUUUCCAGAGUGGCUGCCCUCCUCUCGUGUCUGGCAUCGAGUGCCCUCCAGUGAACUGGAGUCCUAUCUACCUCAUGAGUGUGUCUCGGCUGCUUUCAAAGUGUCCCGGGACGGUUGUGACGAGGAGGCGCCGUUACAGAGACUCAACAGGUUCGAAUCGUCACCCGUCCACCCGCAGUGCUGGGACAUGCAUUUGUAUACCGGCGGGCCGGUGUGGGCUAUGGAGUGGUGCCCGACGCCCGAUAAUGUGAUAGCCUCGCAGUACCUGGCCUUGGCCUGCCACAAGGACAUGGAGGACCAGCAUUACUCUCACAAAACCUAUCCUGGAACAGCGUUAGUGCAACUGUGGGAUGUGGGCACGCUGGAAUACAACACCAGGCCAGACUCCCAGCCGGCCCUGGCGUACGGCCUCGUCCUGGACCGAGGUUUUGUCUGGCACCUCAGGUGGUGUCCAUCAGGAGGCUGGGAGCCGCCCACCUCCCAGAAGGAGGCUCCUGUGCUGCCAAGACUCGGUCUCCUGGCCGUCGCCACCUCCACGUGUGUGGUCACCAUCUACAGCCUCCCCCACCCCGUUGCCCUGCGUGGCAGCCAAAAACACCCAGACUCUGUAGGCGACGCCAGCCAGCCAGUCUGCAUUUACAAGCCCGAUCCUGUGGUCACCCUGAAGCUGGGCUCCUUGAACGCUCCUCGCCUGGGGCGCAGUGGCCAGGUUCUGUCCAUGGACUGGCUGCCCGUCAAACCGCAUGACAUCAUCGCCCUCGGCUUCUAUGAUGGUAUGGUCGGUUUGUGGGAUCUGAACACCAAAUCUGCAUUGUUGCGCGUCCAGGAGUCGCGCGACUCUCCCAGCUUGCUGCCGUACAAAUGCUUCCAUGCCCACGAGCACGCCGUGCGAGCGCUCCGAUUCUGUCCCGCCAGCAGACAUUUUGUGGCGACAGCCGGGGAGGACCGCCUCCUGAAGACGUGGGAUCUGCGCAGGCUCUACGGGCCAAUCACGGUGCAGAAACGUUCCCUGAUUAAUGAGAUCUGCUGGCCCGCCAAUGCAGCAGGACUGAUGUGGUGCCAGGACAGCGCCUUUGCAGCCAACACAACAAACGGAGUCCAUUACUGUGACCACCUAAUGCACUCUUACUAUGCUGUACCCCGGAUGACCACCGUUUGGUCCAUCUCGUACUCUGAUUGGCUGAACGCUUUGUUGACGUCAGACAUGGUCGGCGACGUCAUCCUCUGCAUGUUACCGCCCUUGUUAGACGGCGCGCAGUACGUCAAAAAGACAGUGGAAAGGAGAUUUCCUGUCUACUUGACGUCGAUGGAGCCUCACGAAACCACCGCGGAGGCUAACGGGGAUGAACAGGAAGUGCGGGAGCAUGAGAGGGAGGUAGAUGACCAAACGGCGGGAGAAAGAAGUCAUAGCAGCGGCAAGGCUGACAUCGAAUCGAUGCCCAGCGAGUCGUACGAAGAGGCCAAGAGGAAGUACUACCUUCACCACGCCGACAACAACAUGAAGUGUUUUAGCAAAUUGGGACGCCUGUGGAAGCGAAUGCAAAACACAGAGUUCCAACAUAACCUAAACUUCGACGUGAUGCCUUUGGCCGCGCUGCACAAGGUCCGUAUGAAUCCAAACCUGAGCUGCCACACGUGGACGGCGUCAGGGGGUCAGGCCGGCCUGGUGCGCCUCAACUGCAUCAGGGGCCUGAACAGCAAAGGCGUGCAAAACCUCAUCCACCGGGUCCGCAGUAGCCCCCUGGACGUCUCCCCAGACGGCCCUCAAGACCUGCCCCCGGACGUCCCCUUAGAGGCUCCCCAAAAGGUGCCCCAGGAUACCCCCGAGGACAUCCCCCCGGAUUCCCUGCAAGACGUCCCCCAUGACAUUGCACACAACAUCCCCUCCGAGGCUCCUCUAUGACCUCAGUGACGCGUUUUGAUCUUUUUUAUCCCAACCCAGGAAGUGUAAACAUUUUUUAAAAACAAAAAAUGAGUUGAAGUCUUCAGCAACGGCAUGACUUGAACGCACCAUUAUUUUGCCGACAUUGUUGUGUGUGUGUGUGUGCGCGCGUGUGUGUUAUAGAUAUUUUUAACAGAAAGUAGCUUCAUCAUGACAAGUGUAUUCGUCCCACUUUUGACAAUUGCGUUUCGAGACAACGGCGAGCCUUUACGAUUCAGUUUGUCCGGAUGUACAUGAACGUCCUAAUCUAUGAUCAUGAAAGAGUAACGAUCGGCUUUUUGUACAGUGUAUAGAAUGUACAAACGUUUCGACAAAAAUGUUUCAAAUGAUAACUUUUCUUAUGGGGAAAAUAGGCUGUAAAUAGGAUGGAUUUUUCUAUUCACUUGAUUGUUUUAAUAAAUAAAUUACAUUUUGAAUAUCG